CUACAUCUAUUCCUAUGCUUGCUUCCUGGGCCUGGAUAUAGACAUAAAUCAUUGAGCCUUCGAAUUUGUGACCUGUGGGUCUUUGGUCUGAUUCCACUUACGCAAAACAAGUUGUUGAUGGGCUCACCAGCGGAGUAACAACGGAGACCCCAGUAUACGUCACACUUCCAAUAUGUCUCAAUCAUUGCGUCCAUAUCUUCAAUGCGUCCGAGCCUCUCUCACCUCCGCGCUUGCGGUUUCGAACUUCGCUUCCCAGACGUCCGAGAGACAUAAUGUACCAGAAAUCGAGGCCCAGAGCUCUCCUGAACUCCUUCUUAACCCUCUUACCGUCUCUCGCAAUGAAAAUGAGAAAGUCCUCAUCGAACCUAGUGUGAACAGUGUCCGUGUCAGCAUUCGGAUCAAACAAGCGGACGAGAUCGAACACAUUUUGGUCCACAAGUUCACCCGGUUUUUGACGCAGCGAGCCGAAUCUUUCUUCAUCUUACGCCGGAAGCCAGUAAAGGGUUACGAUAUCUCGUUUCUAAUAACGAACCGAAACGUAGAGGAGAUGCUUAAGCACAAGUUAGUCGACUUCAUCAUCCAAUUUAUGGAGGAAGUCGAUAAAGAAAUUUCCGAGAUGAAGCUUUUCUUGAAUGCCCGUGCGCGAUUCGUCGCUGAGUCUUUCUUGACACCUUUUGACUGAAUUCUUGCUCAUAAUGUUCAUUUUAUGGUUCGUGAGAUAUCCAUGACCUCCACUUUUUAUCCAAUAGCGAGUAUUGUACAGGCGAUCUGGGCUGGUGAUGGGGGCUACUCUGCUUCGCUCAAUGAUUCGUUCCCUUCCCUAGAUCUUGAAGUCAUUUGGAGUUUAAAUGUAUGGUGAGCUUUCUCACGACUUACUCUUGACAGUAGAUUUCGGUAUACGCAAAGUACAACCAGACUAGUAAGAAGCAUU